AUGUCCCUCCUGCAGUGUCCCCUGUAAUGUCCUCCAGCCGAUGCCGGCAUCUGUCAUCUGGGUUCCGUCCCCUAAGAGCGUCGGGACGUACGGGGAAUGGAACUGGCGGGAAAUUUGAACAUGACAAAAAUAAAACAUUACUGUAUCAAACCAUUUGACAUACAUUUUGUCCCGAGUGCUUUGUCCGGCGCCCUGCCUGCAUUUUUACUGUUCUUUCUGCCUGGAAACUGAGAAACGUGCAUGGCGUCCAAAAAGCGUCCCUUUAGGUCAAAAGCGGUUUUAGACCAGCUAGAGAACAGCGAUAGUAAAUCAGAACCACUUGCAGAAUUGA